AUGGCCGACGCGAUGUCACCCCAUGCCUCGCCGCACCAGCACCUGUUGCGGCCAAGGCGACCACUGCAACGAUCACCGUUUGGUGUCAACGUCGCACCUCGUUCAUCGUCCCCCGCUCGUCAGACCGUUGGCGUCGGGUCACAAGACUUUGCCAAACUGUGUUCCGAAUCAUACGACCCCGCGCCGCAGCCGACACGUGAUUCGACCCAGAACCCUCAGCACGCCAACCCGCUCGUGACCUUCAGCCCCGUCGGUCGCGGUCGCGAGAGAGGACGAGGACGCUCCGCUGCAUCGUCUCCACGUCUCGUCAACGACUCCAAGCUGCAGACCGACGAUGCCUACAACUCGGCGAUAGCUCGGCUCGACCUCGGCGGUGAUGGCGGAGACCAGACGCACCCCACCACCGCCGCCACCGUCGCCGAUGACAACAUCGCCUCGAGCCCACGGGAAAAGGUCGCCGCGAUGCGACGCCUGACCUCAACUAUUACGAGCGCCUUCUCCCCCAAGGUCUCGCGCCCCAACACCGCUCCCGCCAAGGGCUUCCACUUUUCCGAUAUGAACCAGGAGCUCGGCGCGAUCGAAUCCGACCCUCGCGUUUCGUCCUCGGCGCCGCGCAUGCCCACUCGCCGAACGACCAGUCGCAAGCUCGCCGAGAACGCAUCAAGAUCGGCCGAGCCUGAUGUGGACUCUGAGCAAGCUUUGCGGCUUGCGAUCAAGUCGUCCUGGACGCCAUCGCGGCGGGACGCCUCGGGCUCGGGUUCGGCAGCAGCGGCGAGCGGCUUGGGUCAACCUUUCUCUGCCUUGACCGAGACGCGCCGACGGAAAAGCGCAGAAAUGGAGGAAGAGGAUCGGGAACCUUACUCUCCCGUGCCAGCUCGACGUCGGGAUGGUCAGAUCCGCGCACCUUCGCUCGUGCAUGCCCAUACCGUGCGCCCCUCUCGGUCGCUCGCCUUCCACGCUUCGCCGCUCAAGUCACCGAAACAAGAGUCGAACUCGUCGGCGGUGCCUCGCGGUACAUUCAUGCAAGCGUUGGUCCCGUCGACGUCGCGACACAUCAACUUCAACCCGCAGCGGGGUGCCACACGGUCGUCGUCGAAAAACGGCGACGACUUUGACUUCCUAGCCUCACCGCCACCCUACAAGCGGCUGUCCAUCGAUCGCCUCGAGAUGUCGCCCCCUCGACAGCCCGAUCUCGAGUUGUUUGGAAGCCAUGGAUACGUCUCUUCCAAGAGUCCGCCACCAACACAGCCCCGGCGAGCAACACGGACCAAGUCGUUCUCUCGAGCGACGGUACCGUCCUUCAGCCUGGACGGGAUACCCUCGUCCCGCUCACAUCCGAGCCCCACCAGUGGCGAAUUCUUCUCCACCGCUGCAUUCGCGCCGACGAGCACCACUCCGCGUACCCGCUCCGAGGAGGCACCGAAGCCGGUCGUGGGUCGCAGUCGGGCGUCUUCCUUCACCACUGCUCUCGACACGCUUAUGGAAGGUGGUCCAGCCCCCGUUCGCUUUGCGAGCAGCAAUUCGAGCGGCAGCUGCAACAUGGACGUCGAGAUGGAAGAAUCGGUGCGGAAGCAGGAGAAAGAUGCCGUGCUCUUGUUUGGCGGACGAGCCCUCUCGGACCCGCACUCGAUGAACCAUCGCUCAAAAUCUUCCACGACGCCGCUGCACACAUUGCUGAGUGGAUCGCCACUGCGUGACGCUCAGCGGGGUUGGUCCAUGCCCGACUUUUCGGUAACGGGUCACUCUUCGGCCGAGGCGUCGUCCCUGCCCAAGGCCAAGACCUCUUCUUCGCUGUCGGGUCGCCUGCAUCCGCGGAAUCAACCGGGCAUCCCCUUCCCCCUGAGCUCGAUGGCGUCCAUGGACUCGCUUCAUUUCCCCGCAACCCACCCGACAUCGUCCCAGUCGCCUGCUUCGACGAGCGAUAUCCUUACUUCACAUGACGGACCCGUUGGUGGUCGCAAGCGCAAUGCCAACGGUGCGCUCUUGGUCGGUCCGGGCUUCUUGGCUAGCGCCGGCACGAGUAACCUCAGCGCCGAGUCCCCUAUCGUCGCCCACGACUCGCUGCACUGGGACGCUUGCGAUGAAGAGACGGGGGAUAUGACGGACGAAGAUCUCGAUUCGAUGUCCAUGUGCUGGGACGGGACUCGAUCCCCACCCCCUCCUCCUUUGACCGAUGGUACCACAUCGGCGUCGUCGUCGCUGUCGACGGCACUGAGCAGCCACGCCGAGGGCCCGGAUCACGUCGUGAUUGCGCAUUUGGAAGGCCCGCGCGCCUCGACUUCGACCCGUUCCCUAGACAGCAGCACCGGUGGUAUUCACCCCGCCAAGCUCAGCUCGCUCGACACCUCGUUCUUCACACCCCAGAACUACAAGAAUGCUCGUCCAUCGCAAGCCGCGUUCAUGUCGACGGGGCUUGUGAGCAAGAAGCACAGCCGGCCACGCGGCAACAGUCUCGGUGGACCGCCGAUGCUCGACUUUCACGCAUCGGCAACCGGCGAGAAAGCGUCGCCUCCAAGUGCUGCGCCCGUCGUCGAAUCCUUCUCGUCGACCGGUCUCGCCGCGUUCGGCGUCCCCGUCGCAGCUGUUGCGGCUCCGAACGCGAUCCCGAGUCGACUCUCGAUGCCCGACACCCCGAUGAAGCGAUCGGUUGGCCUGUCCCACGCACUCAACGUCAGCGACCUCGCCUCCCCUCUGCCUGCCCACGCCACUCCGCCAGGCCUUCUCGUCGAUCUCGUCGACUCUUCUAGCCCACCCUCGGCAUCGUCUCCACUGGUCGGGCCGACCGAAUCGACCGACUCGCUCUCGCCUUGGCGUCCUGGGGCUCUGAGCCAGGACACGCGCAGUCGAUCGACGAGCCCGCGUUCGCAAAGCUCGCUCGACAGCGACGGCGGCGCGGGCGGCAACGAUGCCAGUCCCACCGCUCUCGCCGCCGUGGCUAACGCUCGGUCAUCUUCCAAGCUCGGUAGUGCCUCUCGCAGCCUUUUAACAAUGCCGGCCAUCUUCCGCCGACGCAGCAGUGGUCAACUCGGCCCGCUCAACACCAAGCGCGAGAUCGCGAACCUCAACUACUCGAGUGCGGGAUCGUCGCGAACGCCUACGAUUGUCUCGCCCAACUUGGAACCGAUGACACCGACUCGAAGUGCUGGAGCGCAGUGGUGGGAUGGUGAGUCUCUGAAUCGCGCCUAUCCUCCUGAAGCCAUUUUGCUGACCACGUUACCCGCGCACCCACAGCCAAAGCUCAGCUACUCGACACUCCCAGCGGUUCGAACCGAUUCGUCGAGCAGCCCAACUUGGGCCAACCCGUCUCAGCCAUGAAGCGUUCGCCCCCGACGCAUUCGAUCGCGGCGGCGCAGGGUCGACAGUCGUUCCCAUUAUCCGAACUCGAACGACACCGCUUCGACAAGACGCACACUCGACCCGUCACCUUUGGUAGAUCCCACGGCAAGUUGCGCCACUCAUCUUCGGCGACGGACUCGCUCGACGCGCGAGACGACCAAGAAUCCAAUUACUUUGAGACGAACUUUGUCGUCACCCGUGCGCUUGGGACCGGCGCAUUCAGCGAUGCUUACGAGGUAGUGGACCGAAGUCGGCAGGAUGGGGUUUACGCCGUCAAACGGACGAAGCAGCCCUUUGGAGGACCCCGAGAUCGGUAAGUAUUUCCCACGUUCCGGAGACGAAGUACGCCACAUUCUCGUUACUGACCCGUCGAUGUCUCUAACCCCCAGUAUCCGGCGGUUGGAAGAAGUCGACAUUCUGCGCUCGCUGUCGAACGAGGCGCAGCGGUCACCUCGACUGAUCUCACUCGUUGACGCAUGGGAGCAGAGUGGUCGUCUCUUCAUCCAGACCGAAGUAUGCCCGAGCGGCAACCUCGAGGUUUUCCUGGAUACCUACGGCCACGACCACGAACACCUCGAAGAAGCGCGCGUGUGGAAGAUUAUGGCCGAAAUCGCCGCUGGGAUCGGGCACUUGCAUUCGCGACACAUCAUCCAUCUCGACAUCAAGCCCGCUAAUGUAUUCAUCACCGACCUCGGCCACCUCAAAAUCGGCGAUUUUGGUCUCGCGACACGAUGGCCAAGGACCGAUCCAGCCAGUGUCUUCAAGGGUGCUGCGUUGAGGGAGGUCAGUGGAUCGACAGCUUCGGCUGGAUUUCCGGAGUAUUCCUGGGCUCUCGAUCAGGGUGAACGGAGGGUCAGGGCCAAGAGUAAUGGCGAUGCGCCGGAGGACCUCGAACGGGAAGGCGAUCGCGAGUAUAUCGCUCCUGAAAUCCUUGCAGGUCGCUACGGCAAAGCGGCCGAUAUGUUCAGGUAAGUCGGAGUCGGUGCCGACGGCGUGCAUUUCUCGGAUCCAAAAGUUGACGAUUGACGUUUCUACUUCCUCUAGUCUCGGCCUCGUCGUUUUAGAAGCCGCCGCGAACGUUGCGCUCCCGGAUAACGGACCCGAAUGGCACCGACUCCGUUCGAACGAUCUCUCCGGCGUCGAACUAGCGCACCUCUCCAUGCCCCUGAUCGAAAUCCUUCAAGGCCUCCUCCAACGUACACCGGAGAAACGCGUCGAUGUGAUCAGGUUGAAUCGACAAGGCGUCAUGCAUGCUUUGCAGAACGGGACGUUCGAAUGUCAACCUGCGCUCGUGGAGGAGAGGGAAACUUUUUUGGAGGAUUUGUUCGCGACGAUCGUGGCGCGCGAGGUGGAGGCUCCGGCUGAGGAAGAGGAGGAAUCGGGUAUGGUCGUGGAUUAG